UUCCGCCAAGUAAAAUAGCUGUCUUCGUUCGACAGCCUAUACACUUGAAGAGCCAUCCUAUAGGCACUUACAACCCUGGGAGCCCCGCCCAGACCCUUGGAUCCAGCCAAUGAGUGGCGGAAGCGGUUCCGGGGAGGCGGGCCCUAAUGCUGUGCGUGUCUUGUGAGAGCUCUUCAACCAAGUGGGAGCUAGAGUCGGCAGGGCGGCUGAAACGGCGGCCGCCGCGGGUGACUCAGGAAGGCGUCAGGCGGGGAACAGCGCUGCGGCCUCGGCUGCGGGGAGAAGAGGAAGAAAGGGAGGAGCUCUUCCCGCGGGCAGGCGGGCGGGGAAGCCAUGGUGCUCACGCUCGGAGAAAGUUGGCCGGUGUUGGUGGGGAAGCGAUUCCUCAGCCUGUCGGCCCCCGACGGCGGCGGCCACGACAGCUGGGACCCCGGGCGCGUCGCCGAGUGGCCCUGGCUCUCCGGGACCAUCCGGGCCGUGUCCCACACCGACGUGACCAAGAAAGAUCUGAAGGUGUGUGUAGAGUUUGAUGGAGAAUCUUGGAGGAAGAGAAGAUGGAUAGACGUCUAUGGUCAUCUUCGGAGAGCAUUUUUAGUAGAACAUAACUUGGUUUUGGCUGAACGAAAGUCUCCUGAAAUUUCUGAACGGACUGUGCAGUGGCCUGCAAUAAUGUACAAAUCUCUAUUGGACAAAGCUGGUUUGGGAUCCAUAACUUCUAUUCGCUUUCUAGGAGAUCAAGAAAGACUGUUUCUUUCUAGAGACCUCUUGAAGCCUAUACAGGAUGUAAACAACCUUCGACUUUCUCUUAUGGAUAACCAGAAUGUCAGUAAAGAAUUUCAAGCUUUGAUUAUGAAACAUUUGGAUGAAAGCCAUCUUUUACAAGGUGAUAAAAACUUAGUUGGAUCAGAAGUAAAAAUCUACAGCUUGGACCCAUCUACUCAGUGGUUUUCUGCAACCAUUGUAAAUGGCAACCCAGCAUCAAAAACUCUUCAAGUCAACUGUGAGGAGAUUCCUGCACUGAAAAUUGUUGAUCCAGCACUGAUUCAUGUUGAAGUUGUACAUGAUAACUUUGUGACAUGUGGUAAUUCUACAAGAAUGGGAGCUACAAAACGCAAGUCAUCUGAGAAUAAUGGGAGCACAGUUUCCAAACAAGCAAAAUCUUGCUCUGAGGCCUCUGCCAGUACCUGUCCUGUGCAGUCUGUUCCCACAACAGUUUUUAAGGAGAUACUACUCGGCUGUACUGCAGCAACUCCUCCUAGCAAGGAUCCAAGACAGGAGAGUACUCCCCAAGCUGCUAACUCCCCACCUAACCUUGGAGCAAAAAUUCCUCAAGGAUGUCAGAAACAGAGUUUACCAGGAGAACUUCCUUCCUGUCUAAAUACAACACCCGAAAUACUGAAAACAAAGCCAGAUGUCUGCAAAAUAGGGUUGCUUUCUUCAAAGUUCGCUCAGAGUGGAAAUGGAGACUUGCAGACUAUGAAGGAGACAAAAGGUAACUUUACUCAACUGAAGACAAACACAGGUCAGGAAAAUAGAUUGGAAUCUGUUCCUCAACCAUCACUUUGCCUGCCUUUGGAGUCCAUACCUACAGAGUCUUCUAUGGGAGAACUAGAACUUGGCAGUACUCCUCAACUUCAGAAGCACCUAGAACAUGCACCUCCCAUACCUGAUGUCCUUCCAAAGAAGUCAGACAAGGAAGCACGUGUUCACACUGAUAACUCUAAUAGUCAUGUGGGGAAAGAGGCAGAACCUUCAACUUUAGGAUGCCGGUCACAGAACAUGAAGGGGUCAUCACUAAAAGUAGUUCAUGAAAGCUGUAGUACAAGAAGCAGUAAUAAAGUCCAGAAUGCUCCAUCUCGGAAGUCAGUUUUGACCGAACCAGCUAGACUGAAGAAGCUUCAGCAGAGUGGUGAGCCCUUUGUACAGGAUGACUCCUGUGUGAACAUUGUUGCACAGCUGCCCAAGUGCCGCGAGUGUCGAUUGGACAGCCUCCGCAAGGAUAAGGAGCAACAGAAAGAUUCACCUGUGUUUUGUCGCUUCUUUCACUUUAGGAGGUUACAAUUCAAUAAACAUGGUGUGUUGCGGGUAGAAGGCUUCUUAACACCAAACAAGUAUGACACUGAAGCCAUUGGCCUGUGGUUGCCUUUAACCAAGAAUGUUGUGGGGACAGAUUUGGACACAGCAAAAUAUAUUCUGGCCAACAUUGGAGACCACUUCUGUCAAAUGGUGAUUUCUGAAAAGGAAGCUAUGUCAACUAUUGAGCCACACAAGCAGGUUGCCUGGAAGCGAGCUGUCAAAGGAGUUCGAGAAAUGUGUGAUGUGUGUGACACCACCAUCUUCAAUCUGCACUGGGUGUGUCCUCGGUGUGGAUUUGGAGUAUGUGUGGAUUGUUUUCGGAUGAAAAAGAAAAAUUGCCAACAGGGUUCUGCCUACAAGACUUUUUCUUGGCUAAGAUGUGUGAAAAGCCAGAUACAUGAACCAGAGAACCUGAUGCCUACACAGAUCAUUCCUGGAAAAGCCCUCUAUGAUGUUGGAGACAUCGUUCAUUCAGUAAGAGCAAAAUGGGGAAUAAAGGCAAAUUGUCCCUGUUCAAACAGACAAUUCAGGUUCUUUUCAAAGCCAGUCUCAAAGGAAGACAUAAAGCAGACUUUCUUAGCUGGAGAGAAACCUACUCCUGGUGCUGGCCUCCAGCAGAACCCCUCUGUGUUAGAACCAGUGACUGUGGGUGGAGAAGCUGCCACAAAGCCAGCCAGCAGCUUGAAGCCAGCCUGUCCGGCCAGCACAUCUCCUCUGAAUUGGCUGGCAGACCUCACCGGUGGGAAUGUCAACAAAGAAAACAAGGAAAAACAACCUACGAUGCCAAUUUUAAAGAAUGAAAUGAAAUGCCUACCACCCCUCCCGCCAUUGAGCAAAUCCAGCACUGUCCUCCACACAUUUAAUAGUACAAUUUUGACACCUGUGAGCAAUAACAACUCUGGUUUCCUCCGAAAUCUCUUGAAUUCAUCCACAGGAAAGACAGAAAAUGGACUCAAGAACACACCAAAAAUUCUUGAUGACAUCUUUGCCUCUCUGGUGCAAAAUAAGACUUCCUCUGAUUUAGUUAAGAAGCCACAAGGACUGACGAUCAAGCCUAGCAUUCUGGGCUUUGACACUCCUCAUUACUGGCUGUGUGAUAAUCGAUUGCUAUGCCUUCAAGACCCCAAUAACAAGAGCAACUGGAAUGUCUUUAGGGAAUGCUGGAAACAAGGACAGCCAGUGAUGGUGUCAGGAGUGCAUCAUAAACUCAACACUGAACUUUGGAAACCCGAAUCCUUCAGGAAAGAAUUUGGAAACCAAGAAGUUGACCUAGUUAACUGUAGAACCAAUGAAAUUAUCACAGGAGCCACCGUAGGAGACUUCUGGGAUGGAUUUGAAGAUGUCCCAAACCGCUUAAAAAGUGAAAAAGAACCAAUGGUGUUGAAACUUAAGGACUGGCCACCAGGAGAAGAUUUUAGAGAUAUGAUGCCCUCCAGGUUUGAUGAUCUGAUGGCCAACAUUCCACUGCCUGAGUACACGAGGCGAGAUGGAAAAUUGAACUUAGCCUCUAGACUGCCAAACUACUUUGUAAGGCCCGACCUGGGUCCCAAGAUGUACAAUGCUUAUGGAUUAAUCACACCAGAAGAUCGGAAAUAUGGAACAACAAACCUUCACUUAGAUGUGUCUGAUGCAGCUAAUGUCAUGGUGUAUGUGGGAAUCCCUAAGGGACAGUGUGAUCAAGAAGAAGAAGUUCUUAAAACCAUCCAAGAUGGAGAUUCAGAUGAACUCACAAUAAAGCGAUUUAUUGAAGGAAAAGAGAAGCCAGGGGCCCUCUGGCACAUAUAUGCUGCUAAGGAUACUGAGAAGAUACGAGAAUUCCUUAAAAAGGUAUCAGAAGAGCAAGGUCAAGAAAACCCAGCAGACCAUGAUCCCAUUCACGAUCAGAGCUGGUAUUUAGAUCGAUCACUAAGAAAGCGUCUUCAUCAAGAAUAUGGAGUUCAAGGCUGGGCUAUUGUACAGUUUCUUGGGGAUGUGGUGUUCAUCCCAGCAGGAGCUCCACACCAGGUUCACAAUUUAUACAGCUGUAUCAAAGUAGCUGAAGAUUUUGUUUCUCCAGAGCAUGUUAAACACUGCUUUUGGCUGACUCAAGAAUUCCGUUAUUUGUCGCAAACUCAUACCAACCAUGAAGAUAAAUUACAGGUGAAGAAUGUUAUCUACCAUGCAGUGAAAGAUGCUGUUGCUAUGCUGAAAGCCAGUGAGUCCAGUUUCAGCAGACCAUGAAGGUCCCAGACGCCUUAACUACCCCUGCUCCUUAGAAGUGAAUUACUGGCAGCUGUUCAAACUCUUCAGGCGGGAUUCCUGUGGACUUUGAGAUUCAUGUUACCUCAUCUUUUGUAAUCUGUACCCAGCUGGUGAGGGUACUCUGUCUAAUGUAUAUUUCUAGUGUUUACAGACACUAAAUGUGUAUAUGUAGUAACUAUUUACAGGACAUGCAUCCUUAAAAUGUGACUUCUCACCUAGUGCAGAACGUCUACCAAUCUAUAAAAACCUCUUACCAGCUCUGACACAAGACCUUGCAGUUAUUUCCUAGAUGUUUGAGUGAACGGCUUCCAUCAAAAUGGGAUUCUAACUCCUAGGAUUCACUGCGCAGUUUAUUUGGGUUGUAUUUUAUUUUGUGUCUUGAGUAUCCCCCUCCCUCAGUCCCGUAGGGUCCAGAAGAGCAGUGGAGGAAAUGAGAGCUGGUGAUGCAGCUCCUACGGUGUUGCAUUAGGACUGCGUUAUAUAGCAUUAAUCAACUACUGUAUAAUUCUUGGGGUUAACCAUCUUUUUUAGUUAAAUGGAGUUUAAUUUAAAUGAAGCUUUGCUAAUUUUAAGUGUUAAGCAUUUUGCACUAAAGUAUUCAUAUAAUAUUUUGACUUUAUCCUUUGGUUGUAAAUUCAACACAUAUUUUGUAAAAUGUUACAGUUUUGAGAUUGUUCCAGAAACCCUUCUAAAGCAAAAGAAUUAGGCAUGAUGUUGAUUUCUCAGUGGUUAUUACAGUGCUACCAUAGAGGUAAGUUUCUCUCUGCUCACACUUUGCAAAGAAACACUGUGAGCUAAAUUUAGAGGAUGGAAUUACCCACAAAACCAGUGACUGGCUAAAUAGUUCUUAAAAAGGCCAAAGACUAAAAUACAUGCUCUCUUCUGAUCCCUUGCAAUGUAAGUUUACAAAGGUAAAUGAAGUUGGAAGUUUUUAGAACAGUAGCACUGGGAAUAUGUGUCUUCAGACCAAAAAAUAUUGACAGAGGGGGUCAUUUUUUAUUAACUCAGUGGUUCUGCACAGCUACAAUCCAAAAAGGAUUUAAGUUGAAACCAUGUCAUACAAGAAGGGAUUAGUUUGAAUUUGUACCAAUGGGUUGAAAAUAGGAGGCUAAAGAUCCCUGCCUAAUUAGCCAGUAUCCUUAAUAUUUUAUGAAUAAAAACAAAACUU